AUGGCGGCGCUGAGGGCGGUCCUGGGGUACCGGGGGGUCCCCACCCCGCGCCCCCCACCCGGGCAGAGCCGGAGGGCGGCGGGGGGGCUGCUGCAGCGCCUGGGCCAGUGGUUCUAUGAGGUGGAGGCGGCGGUGGCGUGGGGAGAGCGGCUGCAGCGGCAGCGGCUGCAGAGGAGGAACGCGUACCACGGCUUCCUCAGGGACACCUACGGGGACAACGUGGCGGCUGCCGUCUUCACCCUGUCCUGCGGUGGGGGAUUUGAGGGGCAGAAGCACUGGAUCAGGCCGGAGGGCCGCUGGCAGCCCGAGGUGCUGCGCCUUCGUGACGUCCCCGUGGUGGCCCUGGACCUCAGCGGCUCCCCCCUCAACUAUAACGGCUUGGACAACCUGGUGCCACUGACCCGGCUGCAGCACCUUGACCUGAGCGGGUGCCCCCACCUCGACGACUGGGCGCUGGGGCGGCUGCACGUCUUUGGGGACAGCCUGCGGGAGCUGUCGGUGGCCCGGUGUCCUCGCGUCACCGAGAGGGGCCUGGCAACCCUCCACCACCUCCGGGAGCUCCAGCGCCUGGACGUGGCAGGGGUGCACGUAUCCAGCCCGGGGCUGGUCCGUAUCCUGCUGGAGGAGAUGUUGCUGGGCUGCCAGGUCCUGGGCAUGGACCUCGGGGAAGGCACAGGGACGGGGACACCGCCGGGGGAAAGCAAGCCCCCCACCUGAGGCCAGCGGGGUUUUGGGGUGCAGAGGGAGCCACGCUGCUCCCCCCCGGGAGCAUUAAAUGCCUGGCGGCUGCGAGCUGCUUCCCCUCC